UUUAGUAGAUUUAAUGGAAAAGUUUUCAAAAGUAGAGAAAAUCGGCGAAGGAACAUAUGGAGUUGUGUAUAAAGCAAAAGACCGAGAAACUGGAAAUGAAAUCGCAUUAAAGAAAAUCAAACUAGAAAAUGAGCCCGAGGGUGUGCCCUCCACAGCCUUGCGCGAGAUCUCAGUGCUGCGCACACUCCGGCAUGAAGGCGUGGUCCGGCUGCUCGACGUGCUGCUGGCAGAUAGAAAGCUCUUUCUCGUGUUCGAGUACAUGCACAUGGACCUCAAGCGGCUUAUGGACCUUACGAGGGGCCCGCUGCGCCCUGAGCUCGUCAAGAGCUACGUGCGACAACUAGCCGCAGGCCUCGCGUACUGCCACGCCGCGCGCGUCCUCCACCGAGACCUUAAGCCACAAAACCUUCUCGUGGACACGGCGGGACGCAUCAAGCUCGCGGAUUUCGGCCUCGCGCGUGCCUUUGCUCUUCCUGUCCGGGCCUAUACACACGAGGUGGUGACGCUAUGGUAUCGAGCGCCCGAGAUCCUGCUGGGUGCCAAGUUCUACUCCACCGCCGUCGACGUGUGGAGCCUCGGUUGCAUCUAUGCUGAAAUGAUGAGUGGUCGCACGCUGUUCCCCGGCGACAGCGAGAUCGACCAGCUUUUCCGCGUGUUCCGCGCGCUGGGCACCCCGGGCGGCGCGCUGUGGGCGCGCGCGCGGCGCCUGCCCGACUACCGCGCCGCCUUCCCGCGCUGGCCGCCCCGCCCGCCCCGCGACCUGCUGCCCCUCGCCGCGCAGCUCGUGCCGCACGCUGCUGACCUGCUGGACGCGCUGCUGAGAUACGAGCCAGCUGAACGUCUGUCCGCGCGUGCCGCCCUCCAGCACCCGUUCCUGCAAGACGCCCGCCUCACGCCCCCCGACGUCCCGCUGUCGGCCGCCUCCACGUCUCGCCCCGCCGCCGACCUCGACCUGUAAUCAACCUCGUCGCCAAACACACAAGAGACGUCCACUACGCUCGACGGACUGAUGUGGAAUGAAAUUGGAACAGCGACGAAAAAGCCGCAUGAUUGUUUAAAUGAAAAAUGACGCUGAUUGAACAAUAUUUAAACCUAAAUAAUUAUUAAACUAUACAUUUUUAUAUCCGGUAAAUACUAAAUAGAAUAGGUAAGUAGCAAAUGGACUAACUGAAUUGUCAUGUAUGUAUUAUAUUUUUUGACCGUUAUUAUUACUACAAAAAUUUACUUAUUAACUUUCAGUGAAACAAUAAUUAUGGGGGUAAAUUUUUGACUCCAAACACUUAAAUUUAGAUAUAGGAUGAUCUCGCUAUUGAAAAGUUCAGUGUCGGUGAUGACGCAAAUUUGACUGAUACGUAUAAUAAUAUAAUAGCGACUAGGGGAGGUAGGGGAGGCAUUGGGCGCUUUUUACAUAAGUCGCAUAAAAACGUAACUUCUUAAUAAAAUAAACUUUAUAUUUCUUAUAUUUUUGGAACAUAUAUUUGGCUUAUUAGAGUUAUUAGUCCAAAAGUUAUACGAGGUUUAAAUAAAUAAAUAUUAUAGGACAGUUUUACACAGAUCUACCUCAACACCACAGUGAGCUCAAUAAGGCUUGUGUUGCCUGCUUAUUAUCCUUUUUAUGUUAAGGAUUUAUGGAGUUAAGGUAUUACUUUCUUCCCUUUAUUUUUAUUUUUUUGUUUUCUUUCUCUUUAUUCCUUCUCUGUUGUUCUUGUUCUGCAAUUUCUAUUAUUCUCAUCUCGGGACUGUCUGUUAAUAUUCUAGUUUUUCCUCUCUUUCUAUUCAUGCCUGUCAGUUUUCUCAGGCCAGCCUUUGUAUAUGGUCUGAAGAAAUCUGGAGUUAUUACCAUAGUUUCUAGAUUCAGGCUUUGAAUUGGAGACUUAGAUUGUGAAGGUCCGGGAACUACUAUUUUGCUCAGACUUGUGAGAUCCACUUCACUUUGAUUUUGAUUUACCAAAGGUGCUGCUGGUACUUUGUUUGGUAUUGUUUGCUUUGCUUGUGGUUUUUGAGAGGCUGGUGUCCGUAUUGAUAGCUGGGGCUGUCGUUUAAGAAAUCCUCUUAUCCAAUCUUUUGAUGCUGUUCUAUUUUUAAUCCAAUUUUCUGGUAUUUUUUUAUUUAAUUCACAUGCAUAUUCAUAAGCCAACUGACGCGUUUGCAUUUUUGUCAGUCCAUAAUUCAAUUUAGAAGAUGUUGUGAGAUACUUUGUAAAUUUUUCUUCUUCAUCUUCGGUGAAAAAUUGGUUAGAUAUGUAUUUAGAAGAAA